UCAGAGCUGCAAAGGCUUCAGAAAAAGUUGCAUGCUCAACUCAACUGUCAAUGUAAUGUCAAUGAUACAAAAACAAUCACAACUUUGGAGGUUAAGUACUUUGUAUUAUUGUUGAGAACGCAAGGUACUGUAGUAAAUUAGUAAAACUUAACUUAUAAGUAUAUUUAUUCUUGUAUGAAGCAUCUUUUAUGUAUAGCCUGCAAGAUACUGAAAUAGUAAGAAAAUGGCCGAUAUAUACAAACUUAUACAUCCAGUUAAGUACUUCAAUGACUACAUAUCAAGAGAAGUUCGUCCAGAUGGAAGAGAAUUUCAUGAACAACGAAAUAUAAAAUUAAAUGUAAAUUCAAUUAAAUCUGCGGAUGCCUCAGCUGUAGUUAAAUGUGGAAACACCACUGUAGUCUGUGGUAUCAAGUUGGAACUAGCUACACCAAAAGCCGAAGAGCCAGAUUUCGGUUUUGUAGUGACAAACAUAGAACUUCCACCUUUAUGUUCGUCAAAGUACAGGCCUGGCCCUCCUUCAGAUAAUGCACAAGUCACCAGUAAUUUGGUAUCAGAUAUCAUCAUUAAUUCAAAAUGUAUUGACCUUAAAGAUCUGUGCAUUGCAUCAGAUAAAUUAGCAUGGGUACUGUAUUGUGAUAUGGUUUGCAUGGACAAUGAUGGCAGUUUAGUGGAUGCCUGUCUUAUUGCGCUCAUGGCCAGUUUGAAAACAUUGACUCUUCCAACAGUAACCUAUGACUCUGAAACUGAAGAGAUUGCUGUAGAUACAAGCGUGAGAUCAAAACUAAAUGUACAUGGACUGCCAGUUGCUACAAGUUUUGCAAUGAAUACACAAGAGCAAAGGAAUAUUAUUCUGGCCGACCCAUCAUCUUAUGAAGAGGAUAUGUGUGGAGGGCUUGGUGCCAAUUUAAUUAUAUGCUACAAUAAAGGAUUCAUUUGUGGCUCUCAAAAAUUUGGUGGCAGCAAUUUAUCAACAGAAUGUGAACGAAAAGCGCAUAAAAUUGCUAAAGAAAGAGCACAAAUAGUUGAAGAAGUAAUUAAUGUUUGCUUAAAAAACUAUGAAAACGACACAAACAAUCAAUAAACAUAUCUUAAUACA